GAUCAACAUAACAAGAGAAAGUUUUAAUGGGAGUGCCGGCGUGUCCAAUUUCUUGAAAAUGAAGAUUAAAUUGGUGCUUCUUCUUUGUCUCCUGCCCGUGGUCCUUUCUGUGGAUCUGGAGCUGGUCAGUGAUGAGGACCUGGUCAAUCUCAUCAAAGAUCAAUCCUUCCUCAUAACAUUAUUCAGCAAGAAAGACUGUGAAGCAUGCGCAACGUACGAAAGACUGACAACAAUCCUCCAGGAGGAUUUCCAACAUUCCCUGGAUGCUGUGGUUGUGAAGGCUGUAAAUAGUCAAUUGACACGGUUGUAUAGUCCAGGAAAGGAGCCAGCGUUGGUCUUCUUCCGUCAUGGGGUACCUCUGCUGUACGAUGGGCCACUGAAUGAGGAUGCCAUCCUGCAGCAAUUCCAACAGAAUAAAGAUCCGUCCGUCAAGGAGCUCACCGAUGAGACCUUUGAACAUCUCACACAGGCAUCCAGUGGGGCAACAACUGGUGAUUGGUUCAUCAUGUUCUACUCCCCGGAAUGCGUGGAUUGUCAGCGUUUGAAUGCCGUGUGGGAGGCUGUGGGGGCGAACCUCAAGACACGUCUCAAUGUGGCGAGAAUCAAUAAAGGGAAUCUCGGAAGCGGCACUGCUCGUCGCUUCAACAUCCAACGAACUCCGGAAUUUAUCUUCAUCCGCCAAGGAAAGUACUACAAGUAUGAGAUUAAGAAGUACGAUGUGAAAUCCUUUGUCACCUUCGCGUCUGAAUGGUACAAGAAUGCCACACCACACAGUGUCCCUGUUCCACAGACUCCCUUCGACAACCUCGUGGAUUUGGGCGUAAAGAUUCUGCAGAAGAUUGUUUCAUUCGCCAAGAAGGCCAUUGAUGACUACCCAUACGUAGUGCUGUUCAUCUCCCUGGGCUUCGGCUUGACCUUCCUCACGGCCUUGCUGUCGCUGUACUUCCGCAAUAAAAAAUCCAAGGGGCAGCAGAAGAAGAAGAAAGCCAAAUGAGUAAUUUGUCUCCUGAUCUUCUUUACGGUGCUCUUCAUUUUGAAGAUGCUGCUACUUGAUGCACGUGGUGAUGCCUUACGUAUCCAUCCUCCAUCAUAAAGGGGGACCAGGAGGUGAUUUUUUUUUGAUUUCUUCUCUAAAGUUCUCAUUCUCAAUUUGAUACUUAAUUUUUGAGAAAUAAAAUGACGGCUUUUAUAAAAA